AUGCGCGUUUACCAAGGCAAAUUGAACACCAACACCAGCUACGCCACGAAAGAUGAGACUAUCACUCUCGUGACUAAUGGUGGCUUCCGACAAGGGUCAACCGCUGUGAUCACCGGUCAAUGGACUGUCUCCUAUACCGGUGUAUCAAAGAAGAAUUACUCUCGGGCUGGUACCAUCACCAAACUGGAAGAUGAUCAAAUUGAGAUCUUCGUGGACGAAGAUCAGUAUUAUUGGUUCGAGGGAAAAGUGUCGGAUGAUCAAAUCGUAUUGAAUAUGAAGAAAGAUGGCGACGACAAUUAUGGUGAAGCCGAACUAUCUCUUGUUUUUUCAGAGACCUAG